GCAGCAACUCCUUUGCGAGAAGGGAUUGUGGUCGAUAUUGUUAAAGGGGACUGGUGAGAUUGUGGCUGCUGGUGAUAAGAUGAAAGCUAUUUGGAUCGAGAUUUGAGAUCAGUUGACGCCACUGUCUCGUGGGCCUUGCAUGGGCCUAUGGGUUGCCUGGCAAUGGGUUCAAGGUACAACAACCUCCUAGAAAGGGCUAUUCCAAGGGUACAAUCUGUAGAGCCAGCUUCAGGGUAUAAAGACCUGAUGGAUUCUGGUCGAGUUGGAUCUUCAUCAGAGCCAUCAUCCGCUGUAAUCAUCACAGCAUUCAUUCUUUCUUCCAUCUUUUGACCCUGACACUCGCUGACUCUCUUUUGAUCUUCAAUUCACACUCAUUUCUCUUCUUUCUUUUUGAUCGAUAUCCGGUACUAUGUACAAUUCCAAGAGCCUUUCGGCACUCUUGUGUCUUGCUCUUGUCACUCCUUCAGCUCUAUCAGCACCUCUUGCUUCCAAGAGCACAACGCUGACUGGAAGACAGUUUGAUUCUGAUGGCUUUGCUGGUAGCGACGCCGACAUCGCCAUUCCUGACGGACCCUACUACCGAACGGCGGGCGCUGCCUCCUCUCACUACAGUGAGGACGGCGACAAGAACCAAGGUUCGCAUGAAACCGACAGCAGCAUGGCUGCAGGUCAAGGCUGGAAGAUUGGAAUCCCCGGCGGACCCUACUACAACACGGCGAGCGCCGUCUCCUCUCAUUCCCACGACGGCAGCGACCAGGACGGUGGCAAGGACGGUGGCAAGAACGCUGGCUCGCAUCAAUCGGACAGCACCGACGCAGACCAAUCUUGGAACAUUGGGAUUCCUGAUGGACCCAGUUUCAACAUGAACAACUUCUAUCAUGCAAGCCAUGAGAGCUCGGAAGCGCCUGAAUCUCGGCCGGCGCCCCAGCAUUCGGAUACCCCAGAGCCGGCAUCACCACCUCCUCCGCCGCAUAAUGAGCCGGCUCCUGCCCCUCCGGCACCGGCUCCCCAGACCUCGGAAGCACCCGCCCCCAUUCCUCCUGCCGUUGCUCCUCCCACGAAGGGACCGGGAAAUGUUCCCGCUCCUGCCCCUCCGGCUCCUGAAACCCCGGCGCCUGCUCCUGCUCCUGCUUCUCCCCACGAAGAGCCAUCUGCUGCUCCGUCUGAGCCUGCCUCGCCUGCGCCUGGUCCUGCCCCUGCCCCCGUCCCCGCCCCGGCUGCCCCGGCUGUCCCAGUCGAUGUUUCUCCUGUGAAGGAGCCUGCUAGCCCUGCUCCUGCUCCCGAGGCUGAGGGACCCGGUGCGGAGGAACCCACUGAGGAUUGUCCUGAGCCUGAGGAGGCAUCUGUUCCUGAGGCUGCUCCUGCCCCUGCUCCUGAGACCAAGCCUGGGGCCCCUGCUCCUGAGGCCCCUGCUCCUGAGGCCCCUGCUCCUGAGGCCCCUGCUUCUGAGACCAAGCCUGAGGCUGCUCCUGCUCCUGCUACUGCUCCUGAGACUCCUGCUCCUGAGGCCCCUGCUUCUGAGACCAAGCCUGAGGCUGCUCCUGAGACUCCUGCUCCUGCUCCUGCUCCUGAAUCGAAGCCCGAGUCUUCUGCUCCCGAGUCCGCUCCCUCUGGUGAGCAAGCACCUAAGCCUGAGCCCCAAGCCCAGUCCCAGCCCGAGCCCGAGUCCAGCAAGCCAGAAACCACCCCGGCUUCCGAACCCAAGGCUGUUCCCGAGCCCGCGGAGAACAAGCCUGCCCCAGCGCCUGUGUCUCCCGCACUUCCUGCCUACACUUGCAAGUGUCCAGCCUAAGCUUCGGUGGAUUGGAUGUGUGGAGUCUUGGAACGGCAGUGCUUUGAACUUUUUCCUCGUUUGCAUCAGCGGUCAUUUCCUUACCUUUUCCUUCUUUAUACAAAUUACUGACGAGUCAGGUUGCUUUUCGAAGAGCGCACUGCACUUACUCUCUCUCUCAUUUACUUAGUUGAUGUCUAGAUUCUCUUCUGCAUUGUAUGAUUUAGUUACUAGAUGGAGUUUAAUGACCUUGCUCAAAC